ACUCUCGAGGGCGCAGCAUCGUCCAUACUCAGGAACCCUCAUGCUCCAGCGUGGCCGUGGAGGAAAAAAAGUUUCACGAGUGUAUUCCACUGUGGACGUAGGCAAGCCCCGCGGUUUUAGCAGGGGAAGUCGGGGGAGGGGAGCCACCACCGCGGAUAGGGAGUCCGCGGCGGAGCUGCCACCGAGCCCUGCGGGAUGUCGGCGGUAAAGGCUCUCCAGCAGUGGUGCCGGGUCCAGUGUGAUGGCUACCGGGAUGUGACGGUCACUAACAUGACCACGUCGUUCCGCGACGGCCUGGCUUUCUGUGCCAUCAUUCACAAACACAGACCGGAGCUCAUCGAUUACGACUCAUUAAAGAAAGAAAAUGUCUACGAGAACAACAACCUGGCUUUUCGGGUCGCCGAGGAGCAGCUCGGAAUUCCUGCGCUCUUGGAUGCGGAAGACAUGGUGGCGCUCAAAGUUCCGGACCGCCUCAGUAUCCUCACAUACGUCUCGCAGUACUACAACUACUUCCACGGACGCUCCCCAAUUGGUGGCGUGGCGGCGGUAAAGCGUCCCGCCGAGCCACUCGCCGAUGGGCCGUCCGGGAAAAAGAACGCGCCGGUGAUGGCGAAGGUGUUCCCUUCAUCCAAGCCUGCCAAGGAGAACAACCCACCUUCUUUAGCGAACAUCACAGCACCUCUCCCCCGCCCGAGACAACCCAGAACCGUUCGACAGGACGUGUCUGCUGAGAAAUCCAACGAAAUAGGAACUCUGAGUAACAAGUGUGUGUCCUGCAACAAACACGUUCAUCUGGUGCAACGACACCUAAUUGACGGGAAGCUCUACCACAGGAACUGCGCAAAGUUACUGGCCCCUCCAAUCAUAAGUUCACACCUAAGGGAUGCUCCUUCGAGUGUUCCUCCUUCGACAGGCCUCACCAAAAGCAACACUGUGACGGUGACGCCUACGGCGCCACCCAGACUGGGCCCCUCAUCGCUAGUCCAGAAACCCAGCCCACUAUCCAGCAUCUCUGGCAAAACUACAUCUCCUAAUAGGCCUGCUUCAAACCCCCAGAAACCAAGCCCCCCAUCCAGCAUUUCCGGCAGAACUUCCUCUCCUAAUAGGCCGGCUUCAAACUCCCAGAAACCAAGCCCCCCUUCCAGCAUCUCCGGCAGAACUUCAUCUCCUAAUAGGCCUGCUUCAACCCCCCAGAAACCCAGCCCUCUCUCCAGCAUCUUCGGCAGAACUUCAUCUCCUAAUAGGCCGGCUUCAAACCCCCAGAAACCAAGCCCCCCUUCCAGCAUCUCCGGCAGAACUUCAUCUCCUAAUAGGCCUGCUCCAAACCCACAUAAAUCCAGCCCUCUUUCCAGCAUCUUUGGCAGAACUUCAUCUCCUAAUAGGCCUGCUUCAAAGCCCCACAAACCAAGCCCCCCUUCCAGCAUCUCCGGCAGAACUUCCUCUCCGCAUAGAGCUGCUUCAAAGCCCCACAAACCAAGCCCCCCUUCCAGCAUCUCCGGCAGAACUUCAUCUCCUAACAGGCCUGCUUCAAAGCCCCACAAACCAAGCCCCCCUUCCAGCAUCUCCGGCAGAACUUCAUCUCCUAAUAGGCCUGCUUCAAACCCCCACAAACCAAGCCCCCCUUCCAGUAUCUCUGGCAGAACUUUAUCUCCACAUAGAGCUGCUUUGAACCUCAUCAUGGCUGCUACGCAGAGUCAGACUUCUCCAGUCACUAACCGACCCAGUAUUCCCGACACAACUCUGACGACACCCGCUGCCAUCACCACCAAGCCCGUUGCAGCGCCUCGGACAUCUGCCACCGCGGCCAAGACCAUCCAGUCCAAAAUGAGGUUCUUUGAGGCAGAGCGUGACGACAAGAAGCCUGCAACCAAGACUGCAGAUAUCGCCCCGAAAGAGUUCAAGUCUGAUGAUCCCGUUAAGAAAGCCCAAGGAGAUCAAUCUGUACCGAGAAAUGUCGCCAAGGUGGUUAUAAUUCAGACUAAGGUGGACGUUAACAACGACAAAGCGGGUGUAAAGAAACAUGAUGAAAAUCAGGGUAGUAAUGUCGCAAUUGUAAAUAUUGCCAAUACGGGCAAAAGUCGAUUACAGGAGCAUUUUGGUGACGGCAAAGGAGGUAAUAAGAAACCUGAGGAUGGUAAAGCAAAAGCGGCGGACACCGCUAAGAAACUCUCAAAAGAAGAAAACAACAAUAGUAAGCAAAUACCAAAGGCAGACCCGGCCAAGAAAAGUGAUUCAGCCACAACUCGGGUCCAGACUGGAACCAAGGAGACGGAGACGAGGAGGGGGAGGGUGAAGCUCAAAGUCAACCCGUCCAUCCUCUCCGACAUCCAGCCGCAGGGUUCCGACACGAGCCCACUCAGAAGCAGAACUCCAGAAAGAAGCCUCGGGGGCUCGAAACCAGCACCACCCAACACUUCAGCAGAGACAGAGAUGCCCACCGACUGGAGGUCCAUGCUCAAACCUGUCCCUAAAGAGACAAAAUCAGAUGACACAGCUCAGUCCUCCACUGAAGUACCGUCUAAGAACGCCGGAGUCUCACAGUUGUCCGAGGUGUCUCUAAGACCCGUGAACCCUCCUUCAUCCCAAGGCAUCCGUAAUGGUGACCCCAUAAACACGACAACAUCGUCGGGAUCAAACGUCUUGAAGAUGAAGCCCGACUUCAUUCCCAAAGAGGCCAUCAUGAAGGAGCUGAUGGAGAUCGAAGAUAAUCUCAACCAGUUGGAGAAGAGAGGGGUGGAGCUGGAGGCCAAACUCCGGCACAGCGAAGACGAAGGCGAGGAUGACUCCCUCAUGGACGAGCUGAUGGUGGAAUGGUUCACGUUGAUCAGGAACAAGCAGGUGGCCAUGCGGCGGGAGUCUGAGCUCGUCUACAUCGGUAAAACCCAGGACCUGGAGGAACAGCAGCCAAGUGUUGAGCAGGAGCUCCGAAAGCUUAUCGAAAAACCAGAGCAUCUGAAAACGGCGUUUGAACGCAAGCGAGAAGAAGAGCUAAUGAGCAAGUUGGUGGAUAUCGUCAACGGCCGCAAUGCCAUUGUAGAAGGUCUGGACGAAGACAGGCUUAGAGAGGAAGAGGAGGACCAGGAGCUGAACAAAUUGAUGGAGAAUUUUAGUGUAAAAAAAGACAAACCAAAGAAAAAGUCUUCCAUAUCCAAACUGUUCACCUGGGGGAGCAAGAAGGAGGCCUGACGCCUGGCAGUAAACUCCUUUGCUGCCCUCUUGUGGUACUCCUCCCUACCACUGACUCAAUGGACAACUUGUUGUGUGUGUGUGUGUGUGUGUGGGGGGGGGGGGGCUUUCUCAGCAUGAGAAGUUAAUGACAUACUCGUGUUGAUGGCUUCAGUUCAUUUUAAUCCGCUUACACUCUUAAUCUACUUAACACACACACAGAUA